CUCUCUAACCAUUAGGCCACGACUUCCCGAGAUCCUUAAAGGGAUCUGUAUCUACACAUGGCUGUAUGUAAUUCAAUAACUGCCCUGUGAUCUUCCUGCAGAAACCCCUCAUCUGGCUCAGGAAAUGGAGGAUCGAAAUGUGGUGGUGGGUGAGACCGUUGCAUUGCAGUGCAAGGCGUUAGGCAGCCCACCUCCUCGCAUCACCUGGCUAAAGGGGGAGGAGCCUCUCAGACCCAGCGACCGUCACUACUUCACUCCAGGCAAUCAGCUCUUGGUGAUCGGCAGCACCAUCUUAGAAGAUGCUGGACGCUACACCUGUGUCAUGUCCAACACGCUCGGCACAGAGCGCGCUCACUGCCAGCUGAAUAUUUACCAGCGAUUUGAGGAUUGUGCACCUUUUUCAAGCCCCAGCACUGUUACUGUGGGAAUCAUCGUCAUCGCCGUGGUCACCAGUAUUGUGGUGACGUCACUUGUUUGGGUGUGUAUUAUCUACCAGACGAGGAAGAAGAGCGAGGAGUGCAGUGUAAACACAGACGAGACAAUUGUCCCUCCUGAUGUCCCCAGUUACCUGUCCUCUCAGGGCACUUUAUCAGAGAGACAGGAUGCGUGUAUACGAGUGGAGUCCAAUGGUGGAUCUCAACCCAACGGACGCAUAGAAAACAAUGGUACA